GUUUUGAAAAAAUUAAAUCGAACAUUUUUAAGUAUCUUAAAUUUGUCCUUAUUCACAAUUUUUCAAAAUAUUUCUAUUAUUCUAUAUAUAUUACAUACAAAAACUAGGUAUCGAAAUUAAAAUUUCGGAACAUAUGGUAUAUAUAUAUUUGAAAUCGAGCGCUGUUGCAACAAUGAAAAUAAUUUCAAAUUGCAAAGGAAUGUACAAUUGGAAAGCAGCGAACUGUUACAAACAAGAGCACAAAGCGUGCCACCCGGCACGGUCUCUUCGUUUAUCCUCGUCGUCCCCUCGCCCACAAAAAACCGGUUUGGGCGACAAAAGUGUCCGUCUGUGAACUGGUACUUGGAGAUAUUUCUUUUAGAAACCUUCACACCUAUUCGGAAAAAUUUGGCGUAACGAUAAGUCUUCUGCGCCGCGAUUUAAUGAUAUAAGUUGACUGGUUUCCUAUUAAUUGUCGUGUUCACUUGUAUUUUCAUCCCUAUAACAUUUCUUGAUAGAGAAACACCAUUGGCUAAGCACGCUACCCAAUUUCCUCAUCUCCUAUUCGUAAAUAUUGUACCAAUUUCCUUUAACAUGUGCUUCUUCUGGAAACGAAUCGAAGUUAGAAGAGAAUAAACAUCUGAUAGAACGUUCUUAAGCUGAAAACUAAACAAAAUUAAUUAUAAAACAUUCAAUAGAUUUUAUUUCAACAUUGGUAUGAAAAUAAAUAUUGUACAAUAUGACUGACAGUGGAGAAGAGAUUGAAUUGUGCCAGAAUGUCGGACCGCAUGAACUGGUGGAAGUGAAGUCCAAAGCAGUGGUUAAGUUUUCCGCAGUGCAGGUGCCAGUAAGCUUCAAUCGUCUACAAUGCAACACCAAUUUGAACUUGCCACCUUCUAAUUGGUUGACCACGUCAGACAACAGUGGGCUACAUCAAGCACUCUACCAAUCCCCCGGUUUCGCUAGUUUCAGCAUUGCCCACAUGUUUCCCGACUGUGUGGGCGAGGUGGAUGUUGUGACGGAUGCAGAAAACAUAAAACGGCUUUUGAAGAUGCCCUAUACAUCGAAAAGCGCCAUCAGCAUGAUUGUGCAUAAGGUGGGCAACACAUUAUUAUUGGAUGAGUUUGACAUACAGAAGUACUUGCUACGUAAAGCCGAUGAUGAUUGGAAAUGGUUACGUACCUUUAUAUUAGAGCAUAUUAUGGCAUAUGGUGAAAAGGAUCAUAGCUUCUGUCUCAAAGACAAAUCACGCGAGGCAUUACAAACGAAAAACUUGCUCUCGAAAUUCCUCUAUUACAGCUUAAAGCAAUCGGGUGUUGAGGAACCUGAACAAGAGGCACAACGCUCACGACCCGUUUUACCCAUUACCGGUCCAGUAUUACCUGAACCGAAAGUAGAGGAGAAUGUGCCAGAUCCCAAAUCGAGUCAUGUCUUCAAUCGCAAUGUGCUCUGGACAUUUGAAGAUAUACGAAUGCUCAUCGGCACUGAUAUGCCGAUUUUCGGUGGACCCAAUCGCCCAUGUAUUAGUUUAAGGUUGCGUGAUAUGGCUAAACCGAUCAAUGUACUGACCGGUAUUGAUUACUGGCUGGACAACUUAAUGUGUAACGUGCCGGAGGUAGUCAUGUGUUAUCACCUGGAUGGUAUUGUGCAGAAAUACGAAAUAAUAAAAACGGAAGAUCUACCUUACCUCGAGAAUUCACAGUUUUCCCCACAAGUAGUGCGCAAUGUCGCACAAAAUAUACUGGCAUUCUUGAAGGCGAACGCGACCAAAGCUGGACAUACUUAUUGGCUGUUUAAAGGUCGCAACGAUGAUGUUGUAAAACUCUAUGAUCUCACAACACUCUGCCAAAAAGACUCCGAAGCUAAUAGGUGUGAUGAAAAGCAGGAAAAUCCCUUCACUGUGCCUGUAGCCAUGCUGCUGUACACAGUGGCGCGCAAUAUGAAGAAUACGGCGACACAGAUAACACCAAAGAUGGCGGGUAGCAUAAAAGCUUUGCUCGAUAAUUGCAUAAAGCUGCUGUCCAAGGAGAAAUAUCCACAAAUCGUAACAUCAUCUCACUAUAUACUCUCCGAUUUGCACGUGCCGGCCGGCAUUGACCCCAAAGCCCCUAAAUUUGAUAACACCGAUAUGGAUUCCGAUACGCAAUCUGUUUACGAAGAGGAUGAAGAUGGUGAUUCGAUUACUGAUGAUGAUUUCAAUUUGAAUGACACGCACAAUGAGCUCAGUGAAAAUGUCGAACACAGCGACAAUGUGGCAAUGAAACAAAUUUGCGAUACGCUCAAAGAAUUAAAUCUGGAUGCACAAAUUAAAAAUGGUAAACGUGUGCCGCGUGCGCCAUCGCCACUGCAGGCUGGCACAGAGGAACGUUGUCGCAUAUCAUUGGAGCAUAUAAGCGCCGGCAUUGCAUGUUUGAAAUUUUUCAAUACUAGUGAAGAGAAGUUUAUCAAAGAAAGUGAAGUGCGCGCCAAGGAUGAAGAAAAACAGCGCAUAUUGCAUGAGGAACAGCAUCCGAAUAUGGCGAAACCCUUCAAACCCAUACCGCUACCUUACGAGAGUCUAAGCAAGCAGCUGUUAAAUGGUGAAGCUGAAGCAAACAAAAAUUCGGUUGACGAAGCUGCGGACGACAGCCAUUCGGUGCAAAGUGAGAAGGAGAAGAAAACUAAAAAAUCAAAAGCGAAGCGCAAUAAGGGCAAAGAGUUGAAAGAAAGCCAAAACGUAAAAGUGGACGCCAAUCAAGCGCCAACACAGCCACAAGCCGAAGACAAACGCAUUGCAACGAAGUUUAAUACACAAAAUUUCGGCUCUUGGAAUGUGCACUUGAAGUUGCUGUUGCUGGAGAAGGCUUGUCUCACCUACGCCACCUACGCGGAAUACCAUUAUGUAGAGAAGAUGUAUGGUAGUUGCUUAAAGGCUAUUUAUAUGGCCUGCCGCUGUCAGCAGGUGGUGUUGAAAUACAUGUCCGAUAUAGUUUCGCAAAAGAGCUGCUUGCUGGGACGCGCCGGCGAUUGUUUCUUCCAAAUGGCUAAGAAUUGGCAGGACAUUGACAGUUAUCUUGCGCAAUUCAACGAAGUUUCGGAAAUAGCACAAAAUAUCAAUAAUGAGUUAGUUAAAGACCUGAAUGGUGACGACAUCAUCGAAUUGAUCACGCCAAUGGCUAAUAUUGAACACUUAAUGCUGUCCAGCUGUAAAUGCUAUGAAAACGCUAUUGAAUGCGUUAGUGAGGCGGUUGCCACAGACGAAGAUGCCAAGAGUGAGUUGUUGCGUCGUUUGGGCAAUGUGCGCAACGAGCUGGGUCUAAAAUACAUGUUUUGGGCGCAAGAGGAAUUUGCAAAAGAUAUGGAGAAAAAAUCAAAUAAAUCGCCGAACGAUAGUGAUUCAACCGAAAUUAAUACGUCAGAUAAAAGUCAAACCGAUGAAGCCGAACACGACAAAACGCCGGAGAAGUCUGAGGAACCAGUAUAUAUGAAAUUGGCCAUGAAAUCGUAUGAUUGUCUGAUACGCGGCAUUUCAGCGUUUAACGAGGUGCAGGACAAUGUUAAUCUGGCAUUUUUAUAUUGCAACAUGGGUCGCUUUAUGCGUUUUCGUGCACACUUGUAUCUGCCUGAAGAGAACAUUGACUUUGUGCGCAAACAGAAGAUGUUCUAUAGUGAGGCUUUCUCGAAUUAUGAAAAAGCUAAAGAUGUGCUGGGCUCACGAAAAUGCAGUGCGGAGCUGUGGGAUUUAGUGAAUUGGGAACUUUCAACUGCGACGUUUACCUUAGCCAAGCAGUUACAAGACUUUAGCACUGCUGAUGAGGCUACACGCGCUGAAUUGGAGAAACAAGUAUUGGAGUUGUUACAAAAAUCACUCAAGCUGUGUGACUUAGAGCAUACUGGCUCUAGACAAAUACUCUACACUUAUCGCUCUGGUCUAAUACAUAAGCGCAUCGCAUCAUUUCAUUAUAGCCAAUUGCGUAAUAGCUGCACUGACAGCUCGUCAAUACCAAAAACCACUUUGCAACUGUGCAAGCAUCACUAUGAGCGUGCCGCUGCUAUAUUAGAUAGCUUGCGCGAAGCUAGCGAUUAUUUGGUUGUGCAACUUGAACGCAUUUCACUGCAGGAAUUCUUAGCUGAAAUUUCGCCGCAUAUUGCACAAAAAGUCAAACAUUUGCAGGCCGCCUUGACCUUGUGUCUCAAGUCGAAAGUGGUGUUCGAAUGUGCCUUAACCACAAAUAAUGCCACAGAGAGCAGCACAACGUAUGAUGAAUUCCGCAAGCAUAUGCUAUUAUUUGAAAGUCGUUUGCAAAACACUCUGAAAACAUUGAUAAAAAUGUUGCUCAACGGCAAGGACCCCAAAAGAUUAGUAGAACUUUAUAAGAAAAUGUAUAUGACAACUUUGACGUGCAAACGGACAGCUGAGCAGCAGCAAAGCGCGUCCGUUGAACAGUUGGCGCAGCACUAUGUCACUUUAAUGCAGCGUCUAAAUGAACUGGAGCAGUCACACACGCCAAAUGCAGCUGAGAAGCUUUAAGCUAACAUCUACUGCUAUUAUGCUACAAUUAAAGUUUAAUUAAAUCAUAUUCAAUAUGACUGGCUAUGAAAUCUCGCAGCGCUUACUUUAAGUUGUUAUUAAUUUUAAGUAACUUCGAUUUUCUAACACGUAAGCUUAUGGUCACCGUUACUGAAUUAAAUUCGACCGUGAGCUUUGCUUUGUGCAGAGACCCUGGUGGUAACAUUAAAUUAGAAUUGUGGUAAGACCACGUGAUGAAAUACAUAUAUUAGUAUUAAGUUAAUUUUAUUAUUUUAACGAAUUACUAAUUAAUUAAUUAACGCACCUCAUUUUGUACCAUUUGACUGUAACUAGUGCGCUAAUAAAGCGUAAACUGUAAUACAAA